AUGACUCAGACCAUCUCAGCUGUCUCUAGCAUAUCAAACGCUGUCUCGGCAGCAAAUGCAACAGAGAACGAUGUCUACGUAUCCGUCAACGGCGAGCUGGUUCGAAACACCCUUGAUAUCAUGCGCAAGUUCGUAGAUCCUUCUGUACCCCCUGUCUCGUAUAUGGUGUCCUCGGCAUACGUCCAAGAACGUCUGACACCUGUUAACGAAUUCCAAGAUGCCCAAAAAAUUGCAUUUUACAAUCUCGCCAAAGCCUACCUGUCUGCCAACCCAUCACUUAGUUCUUCCUAUGUCCCCAACUCUAUGGCUAUUGCACAAUCAGCACCAGGUUUUAUUGCAAAUAGAGACCUUCGAGCCCUUGCCCGCAAGCACAACGAAAAGGUGCAGGAAGGAAUGCGUAUUUUGCGUGCUCGUACUGAGGAGCAUCUCGAAUUCGUCUUUUCAGUAAGCAUUGACCGCCUUGCAACAGCCAGACGUGGCUCUUCGUCUGUGGACCUUGCAAGUCUCAUUGACAUUCGCCUCCCUGAUGUUAUUCCGUUCGAGGGAGCCUUUGCCACUGCAACCCGCCGUUACAAGGAACAUAUUGCAGCAGCUAUUACGGAUUACCUUAAUGAUACCUCAAGAAGGCGUGGAUACUCCACUGCAAUCAUAAAACAGGCAAAGGUCUUCAACCGUAGUGACCUUGAUCCUCUCCCACGUGCUGAGACCCGUCAUCUGGACAUUGACAUUGAGGACAUCACAGAUGACGAGUCUGAGACUUGUGUGGUUUCGGAUGGUCCUUCUGGCUUACAGGCUACUGUGACACCAGACGAGGAGUACUGGGGGAACGACAACCCCCCAACACUUGAAGUUCUCCGAGCACUCGAGCAAGCCGAGUCAGAAUAUACGUCUACAACAGUUCAGGCAGGCAGUACAGUUGGUGCUCGGGUUGUCAGGGAUGAGGGUCCUGGUCGUCGUCAAACCAUCUCAAACCGCCGCACAGAUGAGGUCGGAUUAGAUAGCACUCAGGCUCAAAUUGUCCAGUCUCAUGGUACGAUUGUGAUUCCGGCUGGGUACAGUAUUAUUAUUGCCUCUCCACCUAUGUCCAACAGUCCAGAUACUCCUCACUGCCUCAGUUCACCUCAGUCACCUCAGUCAUCUCAAUCAUCUCAGCCAUGCAUUAUAAUUGCAUCUCCUGAAGCUUCUUCCGAGUCCAACCUUUCCAGUGAGGCAGUAUCCACCGAAGCAGCACCCACUGAAGUAGCACCCACUGAAGCGGCACUCACUGAAACAGUACCCACGGCCUCUCGUAUCAGACGCUCCCUCAGACGUGCACCACGUACUGUGUGUUCGGAAGCCGUUUCUAAUAAUACCUUCGGAGUUUGA